AUGCUCAUAUGUGAUCAUAUACUCCAUCAUGACUAUCUUGAAAAAAGUAAUAGAGAUAAGCAAAAAACUUGUCCUAUUUGUUUUGUAGAUAAUAAAGGAAUAGCAUUAGCUGAAGUUCAGAAUGUAGAUAUGUCAGUGGCAGUAGAAGAUGAAGAUGAAGAAACCUCUAAUCUAAUGGAAGCAGUAAGUAAGUUAUCCGUAGAUAGUAGUAAAGCUAUCCUACAAAGUGAAACAAAAUCCAUAGAACCUGAUAAAGUACAAGGUUUAAUAAAAGAACUAUCUAUACCAAGUGAACUGAUUGAUGAUAAUGAUAGAGAAAAUAAGAGCAAAGAAUCAAAACCAAUAACUUUACUCCAGUUAUACUAUAAUGCAAACCGAGCAGAAAAACAU